AUGGCGCCAACCACUACCACUAAACCCGUGGAGGAAUCUUCCAGCGAGGGUCCCCCGGAUCUCUCCAAGAUGAAAGACAGCAUUGACAAAGUCACAUUUGAUCAGAUCCUCGAGAUGGAUGACGAAGACGAAGAACGGGAAUUCAGCAGGGGGAUUGUAUAUGGCUUCUUCGACCAGGCAGAGACCACCUUUCUGAAAAUGGAGAAGGCUUUAAGGGAUAAGAAUCUGGGUGAACUGUCUUCACUGGGCCAUUUCCUGAAAGGCUCGUCCGCCACUUUGGGCUUGAUCAAAGUCAAGGAUGCGUGCGAAAAGAUCCAACACUAUGGGGCAGGGUUGGACGAGACAGGCACAAACGAGGAGCCCGACGAGAGCGUGUCUCUGAAGAACAUCGAAAAGACCCUGACUCAGGCCAAGGAAGACUACAAAGAAGUAGAGACUUUCCUCCGCAGGUUCUUUAAAAGUUAG